GAGCCCGACGCGGGGCUCGAACUCACGGACCGUGAGAUCAUGACCUGAGCUGAAAUCAAGAGUCAAAUGCUUAACCAACUGACUUCCACCAGGAAUCCCAGGCCCACCUGACACCAUGCCCUCCCCGGGGACCGUGUGCAGCCUGCUGCUCUUCAGCAUGCUGUGGGCAGACUUGGCCAUGGCAGGCUCCAGCUUCCUGAGCCCCGAACACCAGAAAGUACAGAGAAAGGAAUCCAAGAAGCCACCAGCCAAACUGCAGCCCCGAGCUCUGGAAGGCUUGAUCCACCCAGAAGACACAAGUCAAGUGGAAGGGGCAGAGGAUGAACUAGAAAUCCGGUUCAACGCCCCUUUUGAUGUUGGAAUCAAGCUGUCAGGGGCUCAGUACCACCAGCAUGGCCAGGCGCUGGGGAAGUUUCUUCAGGACGUCCUUUGGGAAGAGGCCGAUGAGGUCCUGGCAGAUGAGUGAUCAUCCACUAGAACGACCCACUUGCCUUCCUCCCAACCUGACAGCGCCCACCUGGCUUUUAAACUGUUUCUGCAACAACAUCCAGUUCUGAGUGGUACUAGCUUAAGAAGUGAAUAAACAUUCAUGCUGUAUGCCG